AUGUCAGGACAAGAAAAAGGGGAAACGGGCCAGCUCCAACCCACGGCAACCGCGAGAAACAAUUAUCUUGAAAUUGGCGGAAAACCCUAACCCUAGCCGCCACUAGGGAAAAAUAUCAGCACAGCGCCUGAUGAAGAAACAACAAUGAGAAGAGUGGCGAAGGGAAAUCGUCUUCGCAGACGAGUGAGCGACGGAAAUCUCCGUUCACGAGCGGGAAAACGCCGAUCGAGCAGCAGUCGAUCGAUCACACUGCUCGGGGGAGAAUCGAAACACAGAUUGUAUCAACAUCUACCCAGUUAGCACGUAGAAUUUUUUUAAUAAAAAAGGAAGAAAAAAUAUGAGAAACUUUUAGGUGCGGACAGGCGUAGAGGUGAGGGCUCUCGGACACCUUUUAAAGAGGCGACACCUUCGCUCACUGACUGCUCCGGAGAAACAACGAUCGUUAGAUCCUGGGCCGUCCCCAGCUGGUGUGGAUCGAAUCCCGAGCGGGCCCGAUUGAUCCGAGUCCACCAGCCUUUCCCAAACCAAAGCAAGACCCGACCGAUUCACUUUUUUUUAAAAAAAUAUUAGUUCGUAUUAAAUAAUAAAUAGUUUUGAUAAAUUACUCAAAUGCAUAUAAAUGCACAUUUAUAUAAUUUAAAUAAGUUUUUAAUACUCCAAUAUUUUAUACAAAAUUUUAGAACACCCGGCAAAAACCUUGCCCAGAACCAAUAUACAUGCAUAUCUUUUGUGUAAAUUACUUGAUAUUUAUUUAUAACAUCCGGCAAAAAUGAUUGCCCACGUGUCGAUCACGUGGCCUCGAAGAACUUUUGCCUCGUGUGGGUGUGAAGACUUUAGAGGUCUCGAGCCCAUGCAAAUGAGAUAUUGCCCAUGUAGCAAUAAGAAGGCCCGGGGGGCAUGCAAGUGAAAGCCCGAAUUAUUAAAGAAAUAUAUACAUUUAUAUUUACAUAAUUAUUUCGUGUUAAAUGAGUGAAAUAAUUUAUAUGAAAUGUAUAAUACCCAGCGGAAACAUUGCCCACAAAGCAAUUAAAUGGUUCGGGGUGAAUUAUAAGAGAAGCAUACAUAUAUACAUAUUUGCAUUAUUUAAAUUACAUUAAAGGAGUCAACUAGUUUUUAUGAUAUUCAUUUCGCCAAGUUAAUAACGCUGCUUCAUGUCGACUUGAACAGGUAGAUGUUAGAGCAAUUUAGGCGGAAAUUUGGAUUGGGAUUGGUAGGGGCCGCGCGAACGCAGGCCCCCGCUGACACAAAUUAUGACGUACACUCUCCCACUUGGGGAGAUGUUAGGCGGGCGCCCCCACUCAGUGCAAUGUGGGUCGCCAACCUAGGCCAUGAGCCUUCUUGA